UUGAGAUAAAAUCAAAUUUAGAAUUCAUGACCUGUAACAUUCGAUUGUAAAAUUCUUUUGAACGAAAACCCAAUAAGUAGAAAAUGAGGCAGUUCAAAAUAUUGAUUUUGUUAUUGUCAAGUACGAUCCCUUGUGUGUACUCUUUCAUUGCUGAUGACUGUACUAUAACAAAAUUCUCUCAAGUUAACACUGUUCUGAGUAGCUGUAAGAAUAUAAUUAUUUCAAAUCUCCUUGUGCCUGGCGGAGAACAGCUUUUACUCAAUUUACAAAAUGGAUCCACUUUAACGUUCGAAGGAGUAACAAGAUUUGAAGUAUUUCACUGGGAAGGGCAUCUUGUAAAGGUUGUAGGUGAUAAUGUAACAGUAGAAGGAGCUCCAGGUUCUAUAUUAGAUGCGCAAGGGGAUAAAUACUGGGAUGGUCAAGGAGGUGCGGGAGGUGUAACAAAACCUAAGUUCUUUUAUAUACAAACUACUGGAGGAUCGGUAUUCAGGAAUAUUUAUUUAUUAAAUUGUGCACAUUUUUGUGUUGGAGUUGGAGCUCAGGAUGUAACAAUUACUGGUUGGGUCCUUGACAGUGUCGCUGGCGAUAAGGACCUCAUAGCUUUGAACACGGAUGGUUUUGGUAUAUCAGCUAAUUCCAACAACGUUUUAAUAGAAAACUGCACCAUUCUAAAUCAAGAUGAUUGUAUUGUGAUUAAUUCAGGUACCAAUAUGAUUAUUCGGAAUUUGCGCUGUUAUGGAUCACACGGCUUAAGCUUCGCAACUGGAUUUGGUAACCAGAAAUACGAUAAUUUAGUGGAGAAUAUAACAUUUGAGGAUUCUUUGUUGGCUAAUGGACUUUAUGGAAUCCACAUCAAAGCAUCUCCAAAUGGAAACGAAGGGCAUAUUCGAAAUAUUGUUUUCCGCAACAUUAAAUUAUCAGGUAUUCAAGAAGAUGGGAUUUAUAUUCAGCAAGAUUAUGGUGACAUCGGAAGUUUGGGAAGCAACAUACAAAUACAUAAUUUGACCAUGGAAAAUGUAUAUGGAUCUGUCCAAGGAGAGUUAACAAGACCCAUUCAUAUUUUUUGUGGUAAUCACAGCACGUGUUAUGAUUGGAAAUUUUCUGGAAUAAGGAUUUUAGGAGGAGGACCCAGCUACUGUAACUAUGAACCAGAAGGGUUCUCGUGUAACUAGAUGUUAAUAUAUUAUUAUUCCAAAUUAUAUAUUUUCAACUUGUCAGUACAAUUUCUUUGUGAAGUAAUUUUCUUGAUAAGAUUGUAUGUGUACCCUGAUUCGUAAAGCGAAGUGGGUUUAGUGGAAGGCAUAGAUCAACGACAUCCUUGGAAAUCCCAUGGAAAUGAAAGUUUCCUUUCUACUUUUGGCGGCAUAUUUCAAAUUCAAAUCUUUCGUCCAGUCGCGAUCGUUUUAGUUGAUGCAACACCAUUGAAUUGUUUCGAAAAUUGGUCAAAAAUUGAUCUUGAAUAUGAUGCAUCCUUCCAUUUUUAAUUAUGGGGAUAAUGGGCCUUCAGAAACGAAACAAAAAAAGAGACAAACAAAAGUAUUUUAUUACAUGUACGUAUAUAUAUUCUAGAGUAUCAUAUACGUCGCGAUCCAAAGGAUCUAUUGUGGUCCCUUUAUUGCUGAGAUACUUUGGAACCCAGUGUUUACAGUUUAUCAAUCUCACUCCUCUUAGAAAGUUCAGAAUGUGUGAUCGAUGUAGCUGCCAGAGAUUUUCGUCUUCUGUUUAAUACGCUCCCAGAUAUAGUACUGUGGAGCUCCGUAGUAACUCACACUUUAAGAGAAUGUAUAUAGAAAUUUCUUCCUUAGCAGAUGAUGCAGGCUGCAUUAUCUGCUAAGUGUUAUCUUCAGAUCCAAAAUGAAGAUGAUUUAUCGAGAAAAAAAGUCCAAAAUGUGAAAAGUUGAAGAAACAAAAAAUAUUUCUGUACAAUAGUGAAUUAUUACCAUUUGAUGGUCCUACUGGAAGGUUUGGUAUUUCAUCUACAGCUUGAGAAGUUGAGGGGUGAGGCACAAGUGCAGUUUCUGUUCACAAAAAAAGAAAAAUGCUAUAUGCUGUGUAGAAAUUUGAAGGUUCACAUUGAACUUACCCAAGUUUU